AUGAAGAAAAACGUGGUUGACCCAGACAUGUGCAUAGAGAAGGAUCGUACACCUCUUCAUUACGCUGCUGAAGUUGGUCACACCCAUCAAGCAGCUCAACUUAUGCACCACGGGGCUGAUCCAUGCAUUAAGGAUGAGGAUGAUCGAACACCUCUUCAUUACGCUGCUGAGGGUGGUUACAUCGAUGUAGUACAUCUGCUUAUGCGCCACGGGGCUGAUCCAUGCAGUAAGGCUUGGUAUGGUCGCACACCACUUCAUUAUGCUGCUGUGGGCGGUCACAACAAUGUAGCAGCUCUACUCAUUCAGCACGGAGCUGAUCCCUGCUGUGUGGACAGGGAUGAUCGUACACCACUUCAUUACGUUGCUGUGGGUGGCUACAGCAAUGUAGCAACCGAACUUUUGUACCACAAAGCUGAUCCUUGCAGUAAGGAUAAGUAUGGUCGCACACCACUUCAUUAUGCUGCUGCGGGCGGUCACAACAAUGUAGCAGCUCUACUCAUUCAGCACGGAGCUGAUCCCUGCUGUGUGGACAGGGAUGAUCGUACACCACUUCAUUACGCUGCUGAGGGUGGUUACAUCGAUUUAAUAGCUUUAUUAAUUCAGCAUGGAGCUGAUCCCAACAGUAAAGCUUGGGAUGACCGUACCCCACUUCAUUACGCUGCUGACGGUGGUCACAAAGAUUUUGCAGCUCUACUUUUGCAGCACGGAGCUGAUCCCUUCAGUAUUGCUUGGUAUGGUCGCACACCACUUUAUUAUGCUGCUGUGGGCGGUCACAGCGGUGUAGCAGCUCUACUCAUUCAGCACGGAGCUGAUCCCUGCUGUGAGGACAAGGGUGGACGUACACCACUUAGUUACGCUUCUGAAGGUGGUCACAUCAAUGUAGCUUCUUUGCUUUUGCAACGUGGAGCAGAUCCCAACUGCAAAGCUAGGUAUGGUCGCACACCACUUCAUGAUGCUACUGUGGGUGGACACAGCGAUGUAGCAGCUCUACUCAUUCAGCACGGAGCUGAUCCCUGCUGUGUGGACAGGGAUCUCAGUGUAUUCGAGUCAAGACCAUGA